AUGAAAAGCAACGCCCUGUCCGGUAACUUUGGCUCGCAAGUCUUUCGCGAGCGCUGGGGCGACUGCCGCCUCGAAGCAGACCUGGAAGACUCUUUGCUCCCGCUCUACCGCUCCCAGCGCGAUUUAUCACGGCUGCCCGUGCUGCCCCUCGCCCACACAGUCGCGUUGUGCCCCUCGACGCGCUCGACGCUCGUGCAUUCCUCGACGAACGCAGGAUUCUUGGAGCUCGUGGAGCCGCGUUCGCGACAAGUGCUGAUUUUUGAGGCGCUGUGCUUUCAGUUGGGUCGGAUACUGGACGCUGCCGAAGCUGCCGAGACGGCAGUGGGUGUGCUGACAACGCAGGACCGAGACACGUGGGCAGAUGCCCGCCAGAAAUCGAUUCGAGCAUCGUCGAUGAACGAGGAGUCGUUGCGGAUCAUUGAGAGCUCGUUACUGAUACUCAAACUCGACUAA